GGUUCCGAAACCUACACAUGGAUUGUAAGUAAUGCGUGACUGGUACGAUAAUUGUAUCCAAACAAAGAUAACUUCUGAUCAAGGUCUCCGCAGACGAAGAUAGGACAGAGAAAAACUAAUUCAGCGUGUAUGAUAUAAAAUUUACCCAAUGGAAUAAUUCGGUAAUCAAGCACAGUGGGUUGUGUGGAUGAAAUUGGAAAAAAAAAUCGUUGCGUGACUCGAAGCUACUCUAUAUCUAACCAUGAUUCUUGAUCCUGUGACCAAAAUCCCGUGCCCAAAAUCCCGUGCCCAAAAUCUCAUGACCAAAAUCCCAUGACCAAAAUCCCGUCACCAAAACCCCGUGACAUUUUGCUGCUGACUUGAAAGGGAAGCAAAGAACAGAUAACUCGCUUACCAACAGAAAUGCUUCUGAUAUUCCUGCUCGCGAGCGCUUUUGUCCACUCUGUAACUGCAAAUCUUUUGCCGAUUUCAGUGAACCCAGCCAGGCAACGGCUUGUAGAUAGUUUGGGUCGCGAAGUCUUCUUUCACGGCACAAACGUUGUCGCGAAAUCAUUUCCGUGGCACCCUGAAAUCGAAGGCUUCAGCGACGGAACGUUCUCCGAACAAGACAUGAAACUUCUGCAGUCGCUUGGCCUGAAUGUUGUUCGCCUCGGCUUCAUGUGGCCAGGACUAGAGCCAACGAGAGGGAAAUACAAUGACACCUACAUGCAAGUUAUGCAGCGAAUUGUUUCGCUUUCAGCAAAAUACGGUAUUUAUGUCCUAUUAGACAUGCAUCAGGAUGUAUUCUCUAGAAUGCUGUGCGUGGAGGGCUUACCAACCUGGGCUGUGAAUACAGGGAACGCGAAAGGAUUUCCAGAGCCGCUUCAUGAGCCUUUUGUUCUAGACCCGAAGACAGGUAUGCCGUCUGAUGAGGAUUGUGCAAAGUUUGUGUGGUCAGAUUACUAUGAGACCGAAGCGACCAGCGUUGCUUUUCAAAGUUUGUACAACAAUACGGACGGUUUGUUGGAUAGCUGGGCCGCCUUCUGGGCCAAAACUGCUUCGGCGUUUAAAAGUUUCUCCAAUGUUAUUGGCUACGAGCUUAUCAAUGAACCCUGGCCUGGAGACAUUUACGCAAAUCCGCUGCUUCUUGUUCCAAAUGUAGCAGAUAAAAUGAACUUAGCUCCCGCCUACGAAGUUCUAAGUAAAGCUAUCCGACAGCACGAUGAAGAACACUGCAUCUUCUUCGAAGGAAUAACUUGGGAUGACUUCGGCGUUGGCUUCAACGCCGUACCAGGCGGGGAGGUGUAUCGAAACAGAAGCGUACUCAGCUACCAUUACUACAUUCCCCCCUCCCUUGCUCUGAAUGAAAACUUCGAGGCGCGCAAAAAGGAUCUGGAGAGGUUAAAAUGCGGGGGAAUGAUGACAGAGUUUCAGGCCAAUGGUAGAGAUAUCGAGCCUAUGUUUAAAACCAUGGACGCUGCUGAUAGGUACCUUCAGUCGUGGAUUGGUUGGAACUAUAAAGCUUACCACCCCUCCCGUCCCAACCUGAAAGGAAACAAGUGUUGUGCUCUAUGGAACGGGACAGGUCUCGAUCAAGUUUACGUUCAAAACACAACUCGUUCUUACCCUCAGGCCGUCGCAGGAUACACUGUAAAAUUCAGCUUCGAUGUGUCCUCUAAAGAAUUCGUUUUAGUGUACGAAGUUUCUGAAACGUGUCAUGCAACCGAAUCGAUGGUAUAUUUGAACGAAGAGGUUCACUACCCAUCUGGCUAUACCGUGACUGUCACGCCAUCCUCUGUUAAAUGGUAUUCCACGACAAAAAACAUGCUUACCUUUAAUCAUCCGACGUCUUUGCCAGUGGGGUCUAUUGUAGCGAUCACAAUCAAUAAAAAAUGACACGGAGAAAUGAACAUACACUGAUGCAAUGACAAUUAUGUCAUCAGUUUUCUGAGAUGUUGACAAACAGACCAGUUCACGGAAAUGAUUAAUCAAACAAUAGAGGGCUAAAUUAGACUACAGUUCAUUUUGGGGCUUGAGUGACUCGUUACUAGGUCGUAAAAUGCGUUUGUCUUCGAAAAACUGUUCAGCUCUUUGUCGCAGACAACUUUUAACAUGUUCAUCGAUAUCAUCCUCGUCUUUUUCUUAACCCUGUAACCGUAAGAGUGUGUAUUUCUUAAAAAUCAAGAGAAUAAAAGAAAUGACCAACAACCAAA